AUGUAUACAAUAAUACUACUAUUCACUUUUGUGAUAACUGCCCAAAAUUCAAAUGGGGCAAGAAUUCUUGGAGUGUUCCCCACGUCAUCUUUAAGUCAUCAAGUAGUGUUUCGACCUUUGACUCAAGAAUUGGCAAGAAUUGGCCACGAAGUCACCGUCAUCACAACCGACCCUGCAUUUAAUGACCACAAUCGCCCAGCAAAUUUUACUGAAAAAGAUGUCCACGAUGUUUCAUACAAUCUGUGGAUACAAAAAAUGAAAGACAAACGUAUGGAAUUUGGUGAUAAAGCUGGCGUAUUUAAAACAGCAGAAGGAAUGUCAAGUUUUUUUGCUAAAGUCAUAGAAGAACAAUUAAAGACUGAUGGAGUACAAAAACUCAUUAAUGAUAAAAGUAAAAUAUACGAUUUAAUAAUUAUGGAAGCUUGUGCCAGACCAGCUAUUCUGUUCUCGCAUUUAUACAAAGCCCCGGUUAUCGCAAUAAGUUCUUUCGGAAUGGCUUUUGGAGGUGAAGAUCUGGUUGGGGCACCUUCUCAUCCUAUUCUGUAUCCAAACAUGUUGCAUCAAAGAUUACACAAUUUGACGUUUUGGGAGAAAUUAAAUGAAUUCUACAAGCAUUAUUGGAUCGUUAACAUGUGGAAAUCGAGUGAAUAUAAGGAUUUAAAUAUAUUCAAAAAAUACUUUGGUGGCGAUGAUGUACCCUCAUAUAAAGAAUUAAAUAAAAAUGUGGAUAUGAUGUUCUUAAAUAUUCACCCAAUAUGGAGUCAUAAUCAACCACUUCCGCCAAAUGUUAUUUCAAUUUGGGGAAUUUAUAAGAAGCCUCAGAAAUCUCUACCUCAAGAUCUCAAAGAAUACUUAGAUUCUUCGAAGAAUGGCGUGAUAUAUAUUAGUUUUGGAUCAAAUAUUCGCUCAUCGUUGCUGCCACCGGAGAAAAUAAAGAUUUUGAUUAACGUAUUUUCUAAACUGCCCUAUAAUAUACUAUGGAAAUGGGAGACGGAUGUUCUUCCCGGGAAAUCGAAGAACAUUAAAAUAGCGAAAUGGUUACUACAAUCAGAUCUACUACGCCAUCCAAAUAUUAAGUUAUUUAUAACACAAGGAGGUCUUCAGUCGAUGGAUGAAGCUGUGAAUGCUGGAAUACCACUCAUAGGGAUUCCAAUGUUUGGAGACCAGUGGUAUAAUGUUGAGUCAUUUGAGUAUCAUAAAAUUGGACUCGGAGUUGAGUUAAAUACAAUCACAGAAGAACAAUUAACGACAGCUAUUGGAACAGUUAUUAAUGAUAAGAGCUACAAAGAAAACAUUAUAAGACUUAAUAGGCUUAUGAAUGAUCAAUCCGAGAGUGCAUUAGAACGCGCGGUUUGGUGGACAGAGUACGUGUUGAGACAUGGUGGAGCGAAACACCUUCGAGCAGCUGGAGCUAAUAUUUCCUAUUUUGAAUACUAUGAGAUAGAAUUUUUAAUUAAAUUAGUUUCAUUGGGAAUUCAUAAGAAUCAAGACAAGCCUCUACCACAGGCCCUCCAAGAGUACAUGGAUUCUUCCAAAAAUGGUGUAAUAUACUUUAGUUUGGGUUCAAAUGCACAGUCGUCGAUGUUGCAUUCGGAUACAAUAAAUAUGUUAAUCGACGUAUUCUCCAAAUUGCCAUACAACGUUUUGUGGAAAUGGGAAAAAGAUGAGCUUCCUGGAAUAUCGAAAAAUAUUAAAAUAUCAAAAUGGUUACCUCAAACCGAUCUCUUACGUCAUCCAAAUUUAAAGCUAUUUAUCACUCAAGGAGGUCUACAGUCUACCGAUGAAGCUAUCAACUCUGGGGUACCACUCAUAGGGAUACCGAUGAUGGGUGAUCAAUGGUACAAUGUGGAGUUUUACGAACAUCUCAAAAUUGGGAUUGGUCUCGACAUAGAAGCAAUAACGAGAGAAAAACUAUUAAAGGCGAUCGAAACAGUUAUCAGUGAUGAAAGAUAUUACUAUUUAAGUUAUUUGUUAAACCUAAAAAGAAAACUUCGAAAUAUUUUGAAUGAUCAACCACAGACUGCAUUAGAUCGCGCGGUAUGGUGGACCGAAUACGUGCUGCGACACGGUGGUGCAAAGCACCUUCGAGCCGCGAGUGCUAAUUUGACCUGGUUUGAGUUCUAUGAAGUGGAAUUUAUCCUUAAGCUUCUUAUGCUUAUCUUCACGACUAUAGUAGUAUUAAUAAUAAUAAGCCAUCUUGUGUAUAGACGUCUGCGAUGUUUUAUGUAUUCACAAAAAGUCAAGAUUACAAAAGAUAAAAAACAAAUUUAG